UCCUUUUCUUGUUAUGUUUUUCUUGUGUUGUGGGUUUGGUUGUUGGAGUGGUGGUUGUUUCUUUAGUUUCCCUUUGAAGGGAUAGGAUACUCUGCUUUAUUUCUUUCUUUUUUUUGCCAUAUUUUGUUUUCGAUCUUUCGAUAAAAGAUAAUCACGGAUUAGAGGUUCGGAUAUGUCUCAUUACAACAAGUCUUAUGAGUUUAUUAUAGUGUGAAAUUUUGCAGGGCUGUGGGCUCAAGGUGGCCCUCUGAUCACACUUGUUGCUCUCUAUAUCAUCGUCGUUACGGAAAUAUGCAGACCGCUACAUCAAGAGGUGGUGGAGGUCUUGUAAAAUCAUCUGCUUCUACGCUUCAGAGCCCCAGGAAGCUAAAACCGUCUGCUUCUUCGGUUUCUUCUAUAAAUCCGAGCAUCAAAACCGCUAAAACCAUUGAUCGCAAGUUACCACCCGCUCACAAUCAGAAAAAGCGGAUAACGCAGAUCGAGGAGGAUUUGAAGAAGACCAAGGAGCAGCUGAGCUCGAGCGAGUCAUGGAAGCGAAGAGCUCAGCAGGAGGCUGAAGAAGCCAAGAAGCAGAUUGCAGCCAUGGCAGCCGAGCUCGUGGAGUCUCAGAAUCAGCUCAAGGAGCUUUCUGAGUGCGAAGAAGCUCGGCUGCAGGAGCUGCGCAAGAUAUCUCAGGAACGAGACAGGGAGUGGCAAUCGGAGCUUGAGGCCUUCCAGAAGCAGUACUCCAUGGACUCUGCUGCUCUGGCCGCGGCCAUGAACGAGAUCCAGAAGCUCAAGAUGCACUUGAAUAGGGUUACUCAGUCGGAAGCGGCUCAAGCCAGGCAUGCGGAAUCAGCACAUGCCGAGGUCCAGAGCUUGAGACUCGAAUUAACAGAAACUCUCGUUUUGGUUGAGAGACUAAAGAAACAAUUGAACGAUAGCAGAGAUUGCGAAUCUGAAGCCCUCGAUGAAGUUAGCAGAGCUGAGAAGCAGUUGGAGGUUGUUAAAAAUGCUGAGAAUGAAAUCAAGUUGAAGCAUGACAAUGUCCUCGAACAGUACAACUCUUUGCUGCUUGAUUUGGAGAAAUCCAACGGUAGAGUGAAAUCGUUGGAGGAGCUUGUUGCCACGCUGCACACUGAUCUAGAUAGCCACAGCAGCAUCUCUGCAUACUCUUCGGCUGAAAAUGGAGACCGAGAUAUUUCCCAACUCAACACCUUGAAAAGUGAAGUAGAUGAAUUGAGAUCUGCCCUCGGAGAUGCUGAAAGGAGGUACAGAGACGAGUACAUUCAAAGCACGAUGCAGAUCCGAAACGCCUAUCAGCUGGUGGAGCUCACGAGAUCAGAGUCAUCGGAGAAAGAAGCUCAACUUGGGGCCAAACUACGAGAAUCAAGAGCCGAAAUUGAUGAAUUGAGGAUUAAACUAGUUGAAAGGGAAAACGCAGUGCAAAUCUCGAAACAAGAAGAAGAAGAUGAUGAUCAGCUCCAGCUGGAAGUGCUCAAGGCCAGUUUACUGGACAAAGAAGCGCUUCUGCAGGCCACAGCAGAGGAAAACGAGAGGCUGAAGCGCGAAAUGAUGAAGACACAGAGCAAAGCAGAGGACGAGGCGCUGGAACUAGCAGAUUCAUCAAGAGCUGCAGAGAAGGAAGCGUUACUGAGGCUCGAUUCAUUGGCGGAGGAAGCGGAUAAGAGCUGCAAGAAAGUGGCACGCGUCACUGAGCAGCUCGAUGCAGCUCAGGCGUCUAAUGCACAGCUGGAGGCCGAGCUGCGGAGGUUGAAGGUGCAGUGCGAUCAGUGGAGAAAAGCGGCUGAAGCUGCUGCUGCAAUGCUGUCUACGAGUAAUAAUGGGGAGAGACGAGGCUCAUUCGACUACCAUUCAAUCACUAGUAAGCUGAGCUCUUCGCAAUCUGAUGAUGAAGAUGAUGAUUCGCCCAAGAAGAACAAUGGGAAUAUGCUCAAGAAGAUCAGGGUGCUGCUCAAGAAAGGCCACAAAUAGAUGUCAAGUUUUUCAUUUUUUCCUGCUGUUUUUAUUCAUUAUAUGUCAUUUGAAAUUUUGUGUGAAUUCUUCUAGCAUCUUGCGGCGUUAUGGUCAGUUUUGCAAAUUGUUUUUCUUGUUCUUGUAA